AUCGCUUAGUCUGCUGUCGGAGCGCCAACUGCCAAGUAAUCGCUGGGUACUCGUGGAGCUGGCCGAGAUCUGCCUUCUGCCGCCUCGUGUUCUGUGUUCUGGCCGCCAACGCCGCGUAUACGUGAUAUUACCUCGAAGGAUAACAGAAUCCCAACGCCGUUUAGUGUUCGUUCUUUGCUGGAUUCUCGUGUGCAUUUGUGCCGUGUGCCGUGUCGUGCCGCAAAUAAGCCACAGACAGAUCCAUCCGUUCAAUAUUUCGUCCCGAGAAAUUAUUCAAUAAAUUCAACAGAAAGUUGGCAAGAUGUCGUCGGUCAGGCUAAACGAGACGACAACCAUUGUUGACCGGAUGGUCAACUUCUUUGUGGAGCACGAGGAUCUGCGCACCAAGAGCUGGUUCCUUUCGAAUGCCCCCGGACCGCUUUUCAUGAUCCUCGCCGCCUACCUGUACUUCUGCCUGUACGCCGGACCCCGCUACAUGCGUGACCGCAAGCCCUUCGAGCUGAAGAACACGCUGCUGGUCUACAACGCGGUUCAGGUGCUCCUCAGCUGGGUGCUCUUCUACGAGGGCUACAAGGGCGGCUGGGGCGGACACUACAGCUUCCGCUGUCAGCCGGUUCCGUAUGAGUCAGAUCCGAUUUCCAUGCGGAUGGCCCGCGCCGUGUGGCUGUACUACAUUGCCAAGAUCACAGAGCUGCUGGACACUGUGUUCUUUGUGCUGCGCAAGAAGCAGCGCCAGAUCUCGUUCCUUCAUCUGUACCACCACUCGCUCAUGCCCGUGUGCGCCUUCAUCGGGGUGAAGUACUUCGCCGGCGGCCAUGGCACGCUGCUGGGCUUCAUCAACUCGUUCAUCCACAUCAUCAUGUACGCCUACUACCUGCUCUCCGCAAUGGGACCCAAGGUGCAGAAGUAUCUGUGGUGGAAGAAGUACAUCACCAUCCUGCAGAUUGUCCAAUUCCUGAUCAUCUUCGUGCACACGCUGCAGAUUCAGUUCCAGCCCAACUGCAACUUCCCCAAGUCCAUUGCCGCCCUGCUGACCUUCAACGCCGGCCUGUUCACCUACAUGUUCAGCGCCUUCUACGUGGCCAACUACAAGAAGGAGGCGGCUGCCCAGGCCAAGUUGGCGGCGAAAAAGGAGUAGGGAGCGACGUUAGUUGGAGCUCCCCUAAUCUGUACACACUUACACUUACAUUUAUGGUCCUGUCCCUUCCCUCCCUGCUCCCUCGCCCAUCCCGCUUCCAAUACCCCGCACCCAUUCCCGUUCCAAUCCCUAGGUAUAUAGAUGAAUAUUAUACAGCCUGUAGUUCCGUAAGCUUGUUUCGUAGUAUUUCGUUAGCUUGAGGAUAGCGGCCCCUUUUGUACUUGUUUGGAUCAGUCGCCAUUGCAGGGUGCAAGAGAUCGUUGCACUUUCUGUAUUGGGAUAGUGUAAUAGUACCAAAUAUUAUAGUUUAGUGAUUGGAUUUUAUCCUACGGACUUGGCAUGCAAUGAAAGUCAAUGGCAAAGGCCGCCAGCAGGGCAGGCAAAUGGCAUGGGUUACUCCGAACAGUAGUGACCUGUGAACUUUUGCCUGCCAACGGCACCUGUUUUGCCAAUGCCCCCACUUUAUGAUGCAAUGUAAUCUUGUAUAUUUUAUUUGCGAACAAUAAACAAACGAUUCAUUAGGUAAA